AUGUCAGUUUUGUCGAUAGAAUACAACCGUAUCAUAAUAUUCAAGGAACCCAUACCAGACAGAGUUCUUCCAGAUCACGUGAUUAGAACUGAAAAGGUUCUCAAUGAAGGGGGCUGCAGGGUGAAAUGUUUUUUGGAACCAAAAUGCGUGUCUAUUAACGUGGGUCCUGCAGGUGCUCAUACAAGAACAUGCGAACUUAACAAUGCCACUGACGAGAGCCCUUCACUGUCCUCUCUGAAAAAGAUGGAACAUUACAUUCACUUUGCUAUUGAGGUAUGUUAAAACUGGCUUUUGGCUCGUACGUACUGAAUGAUGACGAUAACGAUUCAGGACAUACAUCUAAUAACGAUGAUGAUCAUGACAUUUUCGUUGCAUAUGAUGAUGAUGACGAUGCUGAUGAUUAUGGUGAUGUUGAUGAUGAUAAUGAUGAUGACCAUAUUACUAAUGCUGCUGCAGAUAAUGAUGAAUGAUGGUGACAAUAUUGAUGACAAUGAUGGUGAUGGAGGCGAUGAAGAUGAUGAUUAUGGUUUGGAUGAUGAUGAUUUUUGUUGUUGUUGCUGAUGAUGAUGAUGAUGAUUAUGAUGUUGAUUUUGGCACUGUUGUUGUUAUGGAUGAUAAUGGUGAUGAUAAUGAUGGUGACAAUGCUGAUGAUAACAGAUGUAUCAUAAUUCUGUUCUUGGUAUUGUUAUUAAUGAUGAUGACGAUAGUUAUGAUUUUGAUGAUGAUGUUGACGAUGUGAUGUUGGAAAUAGCGAUUCCAAGAAGCGAUAUAAAUGAGAUGUGCUGAUAACGAUGGUAAUGGAGAUUGUGAUAAAGGUGCUGUAGGAUAUAGACUGUGGAACCCACAUUGCGGAUUAACUUUUGAGAUGUAGUAUCAGAUUUAAGGCUGCAAAUUAACAAAACAUCUAAUAUGGUAUCUUUUUAACUCAGAACUUUUGCCGAAUUAACGAUGAUCCCUGCCCAGGAGAAAACGAAUUAUGUGAAGCUGGGUUCACAGAAAAACGCUACAGAUGUGUCUGUCGCGAUGGGUUCAAGUUUGUAAACGACAACUGUACAGGUAAUAUGCAGAAGUUAGAUGCAUUACACAAUUCAACUUAUAUUCUUCGAAGGCUCGAGAGCUAAGUUUGUAGUUCAUUACACCCUUGCAAAUAUAGAGUAAUUUCACAUGACGUCACGGCGGCGAUAUUGAUGUUCAAAAACAAUAUAAACGGCGGCCAUGUUGGUAUUCCGAACAAUUCUUCUGGAAGUUGAAUUCUUUUCUUGUUUGAACACUUCCUUUUGCUCGCUUAAAUUUGCCUAAAUGCUGGCCACGUGCAUGAAAACCUUCAAUGGGAAGAAAGCUGUUACCUUGCUUUUCAUCCUCUUUCUACACCCGUAAGUAAAUGGCGCCGACGAGUUUACAAGAGGGAGCUUUAAAAAGGUCGUUUUUAAGCUACGGACCGCAAGAGGAAGUGGCGUUUCGUAUUCCUAGGCGUUUGUUCUGUCCAAAUGUUUAGACAAAAUCGUGUCUUUAAGAGUAAACACACUUGGCGAUACAAAUUUGGUAGGCUACACUUUCGGUUGACAUGGUUCAAUUAAAAACGUCUUUGCUUGCUUAAGCUACCUAAGGGAAGUAAGGUGCAGGGAUUAAGUUCCUUUCAUAAGGGGAGGUUACCCUUUUCUACUGUAGCCUGCGCGCGAAAUGGGUCUCUGGUCUGGUUGUCACGUUUAUUUUGUGCCUUUGAGAUAUUACCUUGAAUCUGAGUCUGUUAAUCAGGCUCAGAGAUUGGCCAUUUUGAGACUGAUUUCACGAGAAAUUGGGUCGGGGUUUUUUGAACUGCAUUGUGGGAACGUCUUGCGAACGAAUUUUUACUCACACUCCUGUGCGAGCUUGCAAAAGUCAAGAGGAAACGUCACUGUUUACAGGCACUGAGUGAAACAAAAGAACUUUCCACUUUUGUUACAAGAACUAAUGCAUAUUUAACAUAUCAAUAGGUGACGUCAGCGUGAGUAUCGCUAAAUAACUAUUAAAGAAGCGAUAGUGUCCCACAAUGCAGUUAAACACAACAUCGAAACAGACUCUUUGGCAAACUCACAAUAGCCACUGAUACAAAUUACGAUGGAUUGACUCUUAUUUUCUGUAGAUCUAAAAAUAGUUUUUCUACUUCAUUUUUAAAAUCGCCAUUCUUAUUCAAUGUUGACAGAUAUUGAUGAAUGCGCUAAGGAUUUGCACACCUGCAAGCUAGGUAUGCCGGGGGGCAUGAAAUGCAUAAAUGAGCCUGGUUCCUUUCGUUGUGAAUGUCUCCCUGGUUUUGUUAAAGAAGGUACCAUCUGUAAAGGUUAGUAUUUUUAAGGGGAAUAUUCUAACAGCUCCGAUGCCUUCUUAAAAAUAAUGACCGAGCGCGUAGGGCGAGGUUAUGAUUGAUUUUUUAAGAAAGACAUUAUCCGGUUUAGUGGACCUUUCUAUUGUUUUAGAACGAGCAGGUCAUUAUUGUGGGCACUGAAAUGGAAGAGUGGGUUAUUAUUCCUAAUAAUGACCUCCUGUUCCACCUGUCUUCCGUGACCAGCUCCUUCGAUCCAUUUGUUGAAAAUAAUAACCUUUUCAUAACAAUGGAAAAGUGCAUUAAACAUACCAUGUUGAAUGAUUCAAUAACCUUUUUAUUAUUCAUUAUAACUACUCCCAGUCACAACGUUAUUACUUUUGAGUAUAAAUUUUUGGCAUCAUUUUUAGUUCCUACGCAGUUUAGAGAACGAACAGAUGUUUUGUUUUGAAAGUUACCCUCGCAGACCGUAACCAUUAACAUGUUUUUGCGUGUUGUUUAGAUGUUGACGAAUGUGAGUCCUCCAGUUUGAAUAACUGUUCACCUAACGAGAAAUGUGUGAAUGAACAUGGUUCAUUCCGUUGUGAGUGCAUUAAUAUUGGACCGUGUAAAGGUCAGUGAAUAUUACUAGAGGUUGCUAAUCAGAUAACUUGUAACAAGGCUUUGUGUAACAUGCAUCGUUCUGUUUACCGUGCGUUAUUAGGGAGCUUUAGCCUGCGUAGCAUGGCGGUUUUGGUUGGGCGCGCUAAAUAAUGAAGGCGAGCGAGGGCAGAGAAACUGCAAUGAGAUUGAGGCAGAAGCAACUUGAUUAUUUUUCUGGCGGCUUGGCUGCUCAGUCGUGCUCCCGAAGCCGCCAUGCUACGCAGGCUAAGGGAGCUUAAGUAGCGACGAAGGCGAAAAAGGCAACGUCAAAAAACAAUUGUUUUGUGAGCAAAACAACAGCUUUGCACGUGCAUCACACUUUCUUAGUACAUUUCUUUGACGUUUACUGCACGACUACAAAUUGCCUGCAUUUGACAAAUUAAGCGGGUGCAAAUAGACGCGAUAAAGUUUAAAAGGACGUAAAUUGAUUUUUUUUAGCGACGUUUUCCCUGCCGUCGUCGUCUUCGCCGGUUACAUAAGUUUUCUAUUCGGAGAUCACAAACAUUAUGAGGUGUCAGCCUUCUUCUCGCCACCUAAACCAGCUUAAUACCUCAGAAGAAUUUGCCACAGAAAAGAAGUCUUACGAACCCGACAAAACGGUUUACCCUGUUUGUUUGAUGUUGAUCAGUUUAAUUAUAUCCCAGAAUGCCAUGAUGCUCUCGGUGUAGAAAGCGGUGCAAUCUCUGAUAGGCAAAUGAGUGCUUCUUCGCAGUGGGAUGAAAAUUACGCUGCCUCUCAGGGAAGGCUCUACGUUGAAGCUGUUUCAGGCAAAAGCGGUUCAUGGUCAGCAAAAGAUAAUAAUGUAUCUCAGUGGCUUCAAGUUGAUUUGGGUAAUCCGCACACCAAGGUUACUGCCCUAGCAACACAAGGCAGAAGUGACUACUCUCAGUGGGUAACGAAAUACAAAGUGCAGUAUAGCGGAGAUGGCGUCAGUUUUCAAUAUUUCAUGGAGGAACAAUCCAGCCAAAUAAGGGUAAGAUGGUGUUCACCCUAGACGUACAGAUAUGGAAUUUUUAAAUUAAGUGUUACCUACAUACCUACCUACCUACCUACCUACCUACCUACCUGCCUACCCACCUACCUACCUACCUACCUCCCUGCCCACCUACCUACCUACCCACCUACCUAUCUACCUACCUACCUACCUACCUACCUCCAAACCUUGCACGUUUUUCGUCAUUUUUUAAAAAAGGAUAGCAACAGGCCAUUUCCGAGUUGCCCCAAGCCUCUGUUUUAAAGCGAGGCUAAGUGCAAAGCCAUUGAUAUGAAAAUGCUUUUUUAUCCUUAUGCAAAUAAAAUUCAUUUUGAAAAGUGAGACUAUUUGGAACUCCGAAGCGGCAUUUCUCAUUUUUUCACCGCCGUUACGGAAUUUUAAUUUUGUUCUUCCAACAAAAAAUGUCUCCUUUGUUUUUUAUCUCUCGCUCUAGAUCUCUGUCACCCUUUUUCUCAUUGAGUUUCGCUGGCCUGCCGCCUACUCUCUCUUUUUCUCUGUCUUUCUGUUGCUCUAUAUUCCAAAUUUGUGGACAUGACAAUUAAUCUAAGCUUAAUGCUUUAGACAACACUGAUACAGAUACGAUUUGCGCUUUCCGUUUUCGUCUUUAUUGACUCUUUAUCUGCCUCUGUUUUACAAGACGUAGGUGGCUAUGUGAUUUCCCGCCAAAAUAACCUCGAGUUGCAUUUUGGUUGCCAUACCUGUUAGUCGAGUUAUGUUACAUUGGUAUGCCUGUGGUGCGGACAAACGGUCUCUCGGGCGGUCGGUGUAAGGUCACGUGAUUACCAAUGAUUUUCUCGGCUGGUUACAUUACCAUAUUUUCUUACCAAUGGUGCUCCGCUGUGCGCGCUUCGCACGCGAGAGCUCCGCUGUUAGGAAAGCCAAUUGGGCUGACCCCAGUGACAUAUUUUCCCAGUGAAAAGUUUUAUCCACCGUUUGAACAACUAGUAUAGGCAGAGGGAGAGGGAAAUGAGAUAGACAAGGUGGAGCAAAGUGUCUUGUCUUAGAAAACGACGCAACGGCAAGUGUUGAAUUCCCGAGGGGAUAGGUACUUCCUAUAAUGGCCCAUACGGGGAGGCCCCGCCCAAAAGCGGCACCCUUCUUAGGCUUCAGGUCUAUAAAAGGUAGAUAGGGAUUUCACUAGUUGAAGUAUAUGAAAGGGAAGGGAAGUCUGUUUUUGUAAUCUGUAAAAGGACCCAGAAGGGGUAAUGGAUGCACUUUAUGGUUUUGGAAAAGUCGAGGAAACUUUCUGGUUUUGUGAUUUAUACAUAUUUAAAAGCCAGUGCAUUAUUUAACAGUUAAAAGAGAUGCAAAGUGCUAAACAAGGUAUGUGAAAGGGGUACCAUUUCUCAAUAAGAAGGUAUUCCAAAAGGGUAUCCUUUCUGUCAAAAAUGGUAUGUUGAAGGGUAAAGGUAUUAGCCUCACCGUCGUAAUGUUUGUUUGUUAAUCGUCCAGCACCACGUCUCCACGCUCUUUUUGUAUUCAGUAAUUUUUAUUAAUAAGCGUCAUAUUCAUUAACAGAUGUUUUUCAGCAAUUUCGUCUUCUUUUUUUAAAAUUUUGUUAGGAGUUUGUUGGAAACACAGACCGGGACACUGUGGUCUACCACAAACUCAGUCGUGCCAUCAGGGUACGGUACAUCCGUUUUCGACCAGUAGCCUGGCACAAACACAUAUCCAUGAGGGUGGAGAUCUAUGGGUGCAAAGGUAAAAUUUGCAAUUCACUCCGGUUAUGAAAACACUGACCAACUGUUGCUUGAGAAAAAGGGGAGUGUUGCAACAAUAACGCCCUUCCUAAUUCAUUCCCAAAACAAAAAACGCAAAAUAAAACAAAUGCAGUCAAUGCUUGCCUUGUUUUAGGCCUUAAAAAUAUAUUAACUUUCAAUUGUUUCCUCCUGAAUAGGGUCAUAAGUAACUCUCGUGGAACACACCUAUCCUAGAAAGGAAGAAGUAACCCUUAGGUGGUAGUGGGAACCACAAAAUGGAUUAGACAGUAUAGAGCUUUACAAUGUAGUGCGUUGCUACUACUGUAAUACUUUAUUUUAGCUUUUCUAGUCCCUGAUGAAGACUUUUGUGUAGUCGAAAUAUUGGGCAAAUAAAUUUGUAAAUUACCAACCCUUAGCUGUCCGAUCAGCCUUGCCUUCAAUUUUAAGUGAACCUACUCUAUCAGCCAACAAAUUGUUAACGUUAUAGCCCAGUAAAGUCAUAAAUCGCCCCAUGUAAGGAAAUCUGGAUUACGGACUCCGGGGAAUUUUUUGCUAGUGGUAUCCUGGGCUUUGGAAUCCGGAAUUACUACUCAACGAAUCCGGGAUCUCACUGACGAUUGGAAUCCCGAAUCCAAAUUCCACUGACAAGAAUCCGCAAUCCAGUACCCGGAAUCCAAAUCCAAUCCAAAAUUUACUGUAUACGCUUUUAAUUGAUACAUUUAGAAUGUGCAGAUGAUCUGGGAAUGGAAAACAAUCGUAUUAGCGAUGGUCAAAUCAGUGCCUCUUCAGAGCUGAGUCCCAAUCACAAAGCAAACCAAGGCAGACUCUACUAUACUACAGAUGGAGGCAAAGGGGGAGCCUGGUCAGCUAAAACAACCGAUAAAAAUCAAUGGCUUCAAAUUGAUCUCGAUGGCCUGUACGCUACCGUAACAGCAGUAGCAACGCAAGGCAGACAUGACGAGGAUGAAUGGGUUACGGAAUACAUGUUGCAGUACAGUAAUGAGACUUCGAAUUUCCAGCACUACAGAGAACCAGGACAAACUUCGAAUGAGGCAUGA